AUGUUGUUGCGUCAGGCGUGUAGUACAUUAAGGAUGGGUUUAGUUCGCAGAUCAAUGGCUACUGCUGGUCGGCGGCCAGAUACGCCUCAAAGGAUGGUGAGUCUGUAUGUUUAACAUAGCACUUUUCCAUUCCUGUGAAUAUUAGCCUUAUCCUUGUUUAUUUUCACUGGUUAAUUAAGCUUUAACUGUUGAAUUUACUAUUGGAUUUUCUUUUCUUCGUUUGUUUUUUUUCUUUGUUUUAUUUUUCUGGUACUGUGCUUUCAGUUUAGAAAAAAAUAAAGGUUAGGUGCUGCGAUUUACUCACAGAGUCAAAUAUGUAUCGAUCUAGACCAUUCCAGCACAGGUUUACCAUCUGCCUUAAUUGAAAUAUUGAUUUAAUCUAUUUACUACACCUUGCUUGGUCAUAAAUAGAUGCCCUGCAAUAUGCAGUCCUUCGAAGUUGUUUAUUUAUUUUGCUUGUGGGUAUGGUAAAACCUAUAUUUGGAAAAUUUUCACGCAAAAGUGGAGAUACGAUGAUAACGUUGAAUUUAACCUGCAUUAAACUUUUGGUUAUCCACAAAUACAAGACUGUUAUAGACUUUUUUCACUGUAGGAAAGUUGAGGGCUGACUCAGAAAUUAGGGGGCAAAUUUGUAAGGGUGUAAUUCACUAGCGGGCAAACUCACUGAUAUUCUUAGAAUUGGGUUAUAGUUCUGAAAGUUAAACUUUGAUAUGUUUCUUCCUCAGACACCUCUUCACCAAGCUGUUGCUUUCACAGCCAUUUUCUGUGGAGUCCUUGGGCCCGGAGUUUUGCUCAUGUUGACACGCGAGAAACCUAUCAGCGAACAUUGA